CGGCGCGCGCGCUUCUCUUCGGGCUCCGACGCCGCUGCGGGGCAUGGCUGCUUCAUCCCUCGUGUGCGCGUUGGCCACCCGGCUGCUGCGACCCGCACAGAACUGCUGCCUCCGUCACUGUCCGCUCCACUUCUCGGCUGUUCGAAAUGAAGCUGUUGUCAUUUCUGGAAGGAAACUUGCCCAGCAGAUCAAGCAGGAAGUGCGGCAGGAGGUGGAAGAGUGGGUGGCAGCCGGCAACAAGCGGCCAUACCUGAGCGUGGUUCUGGUUGGCGAGAAUCCUGCAAGUCAUUCCUAUGUCCUCAACAAAACCAAGGCUGCUGCAGAUGUGGGAAUCAACAGUGAGACAAUUGUGAAACCUGCUUCAGUUUCAGAGGAAGAACUGUUGAACUUAAUCAAUAAACUAAAUAACGAUGAUAAUGUCGAUGGCCUCCUUGUUCAGCUGCCGCUUCCUGAGCACAUAGAUGAGAGGAAGAUCUGCAAUGCUGUUUCUCCAGACAAGGAUGUCGAUGGCUUCCAUGUAAUCAAUGUGGGGCGAAUGUGUUUGGAUCAGUAUUCCAUGUUACCGGCUACCCCCUGGGGUGUGUGGGAGAUCAUUAAGCGAACUGGCAUUCCGACCCUAGGGAAGAAUGUGGUUGUAGCUGGAAGGUCCAAAAAUGUUGGGAUGCCCAUUGCAAUGUUGCUGCACACAGACGGGGCGCACGAACGCCCUGGAGGUGAUGCCACUGUUACAAUAUCGCAUCGAUACACCCCCAAAGAGCAGCUGAAAACACAUACUAUUCUUGCAGAUAUUGUGAUCUCUGCUGCAGGCAUUCCAAAUUUGAUCACAGCAGAUAUGAUCAAGGAAGGAGCAGCCGUCAUUGAUGUGGGAAUAAAUAGAAUUCAGGAUCCUAUCACUGCUAAACCCAAGUUGGUUGGAGAUGUGGAUUUUGAAGAAGUCCGGAAAAAAGCUGGUUACAUCACUCCAGUCCCUGGGGGUGUUGGUCCCAUGACAGUGGCGAUGCUAAUGAAGAAUACCAUCAUCGCUGCAAAAAAGGUGCUGAGGCUUGAAGAGCAGGUGGUACUGAAGUCUAAAGAGCUUGGAGUGGCAACUAAUUAGUGUGUCUUCUGGGUCGUGAACAGUACUUUAAGCCAGUUCAAAAGGCAAAACAGGCCAAUAGAAAUGCAGCAUCUCUUAUUUAUUCUACUGACAUGGUUUUAAACAGUGCUUUGUAUUUAUUGAAAGCUUAAGUGGGUGGAUGCUUGUGCACAUAGCUCUCCCCAGUACCUCACCAGGGAUCGUGCCAUUAUCAUGCUGGGUCAUGUGAUCUGGCCAUAAGAGGAGCCAUUAGCCUGGUGACUGCAUGGGGGACACUCCCAUUGAGAAGGGCUGCUUUACUUUGUCAGACCACUUCAGUUACAAAUUGCCUUUUCCAGGAUUGCAUUUCCCAAGUGCUAUUCCAAUAAGAGUUGAUACUCACUUUAGGUUCCAAACCUUUUGAGCUCAACUGGUCAAACCAAAGGAAAAAUGUUGCUAGAGAAAAUUAGGGAAAAGGUACAAAAGAAGAAAUGAUAAUUUGAGUAGAAAAAAUUUACCCUAAUUUUAUAUUGACUGAUAACCAGAAGAAAAGCUACCUGUUAAUAGUAUCCUAUCAUUUUAAUUAUGAACAACAAAUAUGCAUCUAUCAACAAGUGAAUCUAAGAAUCCAGUGAAUAAAUAAUCUGAUGAACAGAAUGAACUGGUGAUUAUAAUAGAAUCAGGGACAUAGAAAAAAAAAAAUAGUAUCCUAUCAUUUUAAAGCUUAGUUAGUCGUUGGGAAAAUGCCUGUGUGCUAUUAGCCUUUAUUUUAUGUGUGUUGCCAUUCAUGAGGUCCCCUUUUGGUUUUCUGGGAUCGAAAGGCUUAUUUUGUAAAUAAUUCACGUGUAUUGUCAUAUUUGGUUUUUCCUAUAUCCUUAAACUUUAUUGUUAAUUUUUUUGUACUGUUGGGGAAGUCUGUAUGGUUUCUUUAGUAGAUCUUGAAACCUAUUUUUGAAAAACAAAACUUGGGCUUGAUAAUCAUUAGGGCAUUUGUAUACAUAUGCAACUGCCUUUUCCACCAAAGAAUUGUCGGCCUGCUGCCUGCUUUCUCUGAUGCACCUAUUGGCUUUCCCCAAUAGGUUUUUGAGAGAUUGAGUUAAUAUUGAAUUUAAUCAGACUUUCUGAUUAAGUUUUUUGUUUUAUUUUGUUUUUUAAAUAAAACACUCUGACUAGUAUGAA